GCCUCUCUCUCAGAAGAUACUCGAUACCAGUCCAUUCAAAUGAGAAUUGGGUAUUUGAUUUUGGUGGUUUGAAGUGAGACUCGAUCCUUGAAUCCAACAUCUGAUUCUCUGUUUCAGACAUGGCCACCAGUAAAAAACCCACUGUGUCAGACCCGAAGAAACGUGCUUUUGAGGCCUUGGAACGAAGAUUUGCUGCUGCAAAAGCGGACCUCCACCAACAGCAACAAAAGAACAAGAAGCGAACUCAUGGAGAAGAAGAAGAAGCUCCAAACAAGCACUCAUCUUCAAUUUCUUCUCCCAAACCUAACAUCUCCUCUCCAAUGCCCUCCUCCAACAAAGGACAUUUUGCAUCCCAAGAUCGCAUAUCAUCACAGAAAGCUUCUGGAGUCGCAGACGUGGAAGCAUCCAGUCCUGCAUAUUUUCUGCUGUCUCAACCUGUACAUGAUAAUCUGCUAAUGACUGGCACAGAGCUUUCAAGGAGAAGAGGGAGCAUAGGUGACAAAAUGGUCCACGAGCUUCUCCAAAAAGGUGACUCUGCUCAGAAGUAUAUGCAGGGAUCAAGAGGCAUGAAAAUUGACAAUUGGCUUCUUCUCGAUAGUUUUGUGCAAGGGCGUGGUGCAUCAAUGGGUGCUUGUUUGAGAUCUAUAAAUAGUCGCUCAAAACGCUCUAAAAGACACAUGUCCAUGCAACAACAUCGAAAAUGUGGCUCAUUAGAUUUGCCUCACGAAUUCCAUAACUUCAAUCUGUUCAAGCCAAUGCACGAAAUGUGGAAAGACUAUACGAUCCAACUUCUUAAAAACAAUGGGAAAGGCCAAUUAGCUCAAUGUCUUCUCAAUGCAGAUUUACAUGGUGCAAUUCUUCAAGUUGUUGAAUGUAAAAUGCCUGCCUUCACUGGAGUUAGCGGCAUUAUGAUUCGAGAAACUACAGAAACAUUUGGAAUAAUCAUGCAAGAUAAUAAAUUUCAAGUUGUGCCCAAAAAGGGUUCCGUCUUUAUAUUUCAAGCCGGGUGUUGGAAGAUUACUCUCCAUGGUGACAAACUUUCUUUGAGAAAUGCGGGCCCUUGAUCUGAUUUGAGUGCACCACCCUUGCGUGCUCAGCUUGCUUGGGUUGCAAUGGCUGACGAGGAUGACUGUGAUGCAUUUUUGAGAGUUGGAAACUGGCCUGGAGUUCUCUUAUGCUGGCCAAUAGCCAGGGGCCCCACCCGAUUGACCCAAGGAACAACCGGCAUGUAUGGAACACACAUGGCGGCAGGUCCAUAUGAUCCAAGCACUCCAUCUCACGGGAACUAUCAUGGAUGACUGAACAUUUUUGUCCAUGAAUGUUCCAAGCACUCAAUUGGUUGAAUGUCUGCCAGUCGGAUGUGAUUGGCAUGACUUUUGGAUAGCCCCAGUGCCACCAGAUGGACAGUUCGGGUCAUCCAUGCAUGCAUCCUCGUGAUCCCUGGCGACCAAUGUAAUAUCUUCUGCUAGUAUGGAGGUUCAACGAUUUAAUAAGCACCAAACCUGCUAUGGGUUCAUAUUGGCCAUUGCUCAUAACUUCCAAACCAAUCCUCUCUCCUUUCUCUCUUCUUUUUCUUGGUACGUAUGCUGAGAUCGAUGUUAUCUGACAUUAGGGAGGCUAUUUGCAUUUACAGUGAAACCUGGAAAUGCUGUCAUCAAGUUUCUUAAACCAAUGACAGAUGGCAUUGCAGCAACAGUCUUACCAAGGCUUCUGACAGAUCGGUCUGAAUGUACCAUUACAACCAAUCAAAUCAUACUAGCCAUGUGCUUGCAUUUCAAUGGUUGGGUUUCUUCAGAUGUGGACUUAGCAAAGUGACGAAGGUGGAUAUGAUAUGGUUGUUUGUUCAGGAAAGUGCAAGGGUUGUUUUGAUACUGUUUUAGGAGGCCCAGUUUCUUCAAGAGGGAACAUCCCUGUUGUGCA